AUGAUGCUCGGCAGGUUGGACGAGGAGGAGAAUACCGGCAGUGCCCACGGCACGAGCCUGAAGGACCGCUUCAAGCAGGUCCGAAUGAGAGAGGAGGCCGGUGUCUCUCUGCCCACGAUUGACGAUGUCCCGCCCACUCCCAUCGCCCCAAGUGUCGCGAGCAUUGCCAGCAACGAAUCGACAGACACGGGCGGCAAAAUCCUUGCCCCAGGCACCGUGUCUGGAGUAUCCGCGGGGCCCUCCGCGAUGACAGAGGCCGAGGUCGACUGGGAUCUCUGGCAGAACGUGGUCUACGAAGGCCCCGCCGCCGUCGCUCGUUCCAGCGCAGAUGACCUCAACCGGGCCAUCGCCACCGGAAUUCCCAGUGCCAUCCGAGGCGUAGUAUGGCAGGUCCUUGCGCAGAGUAAGAACGACGAACUCGAGAGCGUGUACAAAGAACUCGUCGCCCGCGGCACGGAGAAGCAAAAGGACCGCAACAGCAACGGCACCUCGCUUGAAAAGGUGAUCCGUCGGGAUAUGGGGGCGAGGACAAGCUACUCCAAGUAUGCCGCGGCUGCCGGCCUCCAGGAGGGCUUGUUUGGUGUUUGCAAGGCGUAUGCCCUCUACGACGAGGGUGUGGGAUAUGCGCAGGGGAUGAACUUUCUCGUGAUGCCCCUGCUUUUCAAUAUGCCCGAAGAAGAAGCCUUCACCCUUCUCGUACGACUAAUGAACCACUACAAUCUCCGCGAUCUCUUCAUUCAAGACAUGCCCGGCCUCCAUCUUCGACUAUACCAAUUCGAGCGGUUACUUGAGGAUCUCGAGCCUGCACUGUACUGCCAUCUCCGCCGACGAAACAUCUCGCCUCACCUCUACGCCACGCAGUGGUUCCUGACCCUUUUCGCGUACCGCUUCCCACUACAACUCGUCCUCCGCAUAUACGACUUGAUUUUCUCAGAGGGCCUCUCGGCUAUUCUGCGGUUCGGCAUUGUGCUAAUGAGGAAGAACGUGACGUCUUUGCUCGCCAUCUCCGACAUGCAGCAGCUCACGACCUUCCUCAAAGACAAGGUCUUUGACGUGUAUAUUGACAAGGACCCCAGCGCUGGCAGCAUUCUCGAGAACGGGUUCUUUGGAAGCUCGAGCUCGAACCUCGACAAAGAAGUGUACCGGGCAGACCAGCUCGUGCGGGACGCGUGCGAGGUGAAGCUGACCCCGGAGCUUCUCAAGACAUAUACGACGGAAUGGGAGGAGAAGACGAGAACGGAAAAGGAGCGCGAGACGGAGCUGGAGACGCUCAGGACGACGAGCACUAGCCUCGCGAUCAAGCUCCGGAAGCUCGAGGAGCGCCUGGAGGCGGCCGACGGCGAACAGGCCACGAUGGCGACGGAGCUCGUACACACCAAGGUGGAGAACGAAGAGCUCAAGGACGAAAACGAGAGCCUCAAGGGCCAGGUCAAGGAGCUCCGAAUCGUCAUCGAGAAGCAGCCCGAAGACAUCGAGAAGGCGUGGAAGCUGGAGAGGGACGACUUGAUGAAGAGGAACCAAAAGUCCACGACGAAAACCAGCGGCUUGAGCAGGAGCUAG